AUGGCUGUUCGAGCAGCAGUCGAAUGCCUAGGCGUGCGCGGGGAGGGCAAGACUGCAAGGGGCUACGAAUGGUGGUCUCCGGCUCUGGAGGCCCUACACAGGAGUAAUAAUAAAGCGAGAAAGGAUUGGCAAAGACAAAAGAGACGAGGGAUUGGAAACAACAGGCCAGGAAAGACUAUCACACGAAGCGUAGGAGCUACAGAGAGGCGAUGGAGAAGGCGCAGCUCGAAUUCUUCCGGGAACUUGCGAAUUUCGGUAACAGGGACUCAUGGGGACUUGCAUAUAGAGCAGCGAGCGGCAGAGUACGCCCGCUGCCGAAUACAAUUAACGGUGUGGUGCUCCUGGGGAGUAGUACCCUGGAUGUGA